GUUCGGCCCGGCCGGGGCCGCCCCGGCGAGGAGCGGGCGAGUUGCGGUGGUCGCGGCCGCGGUACCGCAUGGAGGGGGACGGGAUGAGAGGAGAGUACAGCUCGUGGGCUGUGGCAUGCUUUGCUCCACAUGCCGGUCAUGUCCUCUCUGCCAAACAUCUUAAUUAGGAGUACAGCACACUACACUCGUCCUUGAAACGGGAAUUUCUCAUUAUUAGGACUAAGUCUACAUACUGCAGACUUCUAAUUAUAUUACAAAUAAUACAGCUGUGCAUUCACAACACUCCUAGAAGCAUAAUGGGACAAGAAGUAUCCAAGUAUCCAAGAAGUAUCUAUUCUGUCAUUGAACAGCAAGGUGUUCAAAGGGGAAAAAUUAUUUUGAAGACUGAAUCUGCCCUCUGACUCGAAAAGAGAAAUAACAAAAAAACCCCUGGCCGUAAACUCCAGCAUGCCAGCAAGCAGCUUUCCUCCCGUCCUGCACAGGCUCCCUCCCCGACAAUCCGGACCAUCCCCUCGUCAUCCAGGGGAAGGGGUGGGAUGCUGCAGCACGGCCCACGGCCCGGGGAGUCUCCACCCCCUCGAGUGGCGCUACGAGUAGGACAGAGAUCAGAGCAGACACACAGGAAACACAAACCCAGCGUGGUCUGGAAAGAAAAACAUCCAGAGAAUACAGAAGAGAAAAAGCAAAAAGAUAAUUUGAGAUUUGGAGCUGAUGUGGAAGACACUCAGAAUGGAAGGCAAACUCUCAUGUCUCCUUGUGUUGGUGGGAGCAGUCAUGACUGCCCAGUGCCAGCCUGCACUAGAAAUAAAUGCUACAAUGGAGGCCAAUGUUCACAGGCAUAUUACUCCCCACAGCUCUUCAUCUGCCAGUGCCACCAAGGUUUUUCAGGGAAGCAGUGUGAAAUAGAUACUCAAGUUAAAUGCUACAAAGACACUGGAGUAACAUAUAGGGGUACCUGGAGCAUGACAGAGAGUGGAACUGAAUGUUUAAAUUGGAAUAACAACGCCUUGGUGAACCGGAUGUACAAUGGCCAAAGAGAGGAUGCUGCUGAGCUGGGAUUGGGCAAUCACAACUAUUGCAGAAACCCAGACGAGGAUUCCAGACCUUGGUGCUAUAUCUACAAAAGGGGAAGGUACACCUGGGAACACUGCAGUGUGCCCCCCUGUUCAAAAGUUAGUAACAUCAACUGCAGAUCUGGAAGAGGCACAGAUUACCGUGGCAGCCACAGUGUUACCAGUUCUGGAGCUACCUGUUUGAAAUGGAAUUCUCGAAUCCUUGCAAACAAGCUAUAUACUGCUUGGAGAAGAGAUGCUUACCAGCUGGGCCUUGGCAGUCACAAUUUCUGCAGGAAUCCUGAUAAUGACAGCAAGCCUUGGUGCCAUGUCCUGAAAAGAAAUCGGCUCACUUGGGAGUACUGCAAUGUGCCUACUUGCUCCACCUGUGGCUUACGGCUGCGCAGAGUACACCAGUACAGGAUUAAAGGUGGUUCCUACGCAGACAUUGCAGCUCAUCCAUGGCAAGCUGCCAUCUUUGUGAAGUAUCACCGAGUGCCUGGAGAGCACUUCCUCUGUGGAGGAAUUCUGAUCAGUUCCUGCUGGGUUUUGUCAGCUGCUCACUGUUUUGAGGAAGGCUUUAGUACAAAUCAGCUGAAGAUUGUGCUGGGUAGGACUUCCCGAGCAACUCCCGAGGAAAGUGAACAGACGUUUCAAGUAAAGAGCUACACUGUGCAUCAGAGAUUUGACUCAGAAAAUUUCAACAAUGAUAUUGCUCUGUUGCAGUUGAACUCAGAUGCAGAAGACUGUGCUGUUGAAACAGGCACUGUUCGUGCUGCCUGCCUCCCCAUGACAGAGCUGCAGCUGCCUGACUGGACUGAAUGUGAGAUCUCUGGUUAUGGCAGAAAUGAAGAAUUUUCUCCAUUCUAUUCAGAGCACCUGAAGGAGGGGCAUGUCAGAUUGUUCCCAGCCAGUCGGUGCACAGCACAGUAUCUAGACAACCGGACAGUUACAGAGAACAUGUUAUGUGCAGGAGACACGAGGCACCUUGAUGAUGCCUGCAAGGGUGACUCUGGAGGGCCUCUGGUGUGUAUGAAGGAUGAUCGUAUGUAUCUGAUUGGAAUCAUCAGCUGGGGAAUAGGCUGUGGCCGCAAAGACAUACCUGGUGUUUAUACAAAUGUGAAUCGCUAUCUUGACUGGAUUCAGGACACUAUGAAACUCUGAGAAAGACAAAUGAACCCUUUGCAAUCCUGCAACCAUGCCCUCACAGCUUCCUUCUGGGUGCUUUAAGUAUGCUGGCAGGGCUUCCUGUUUGUCCAGAUGCUUAUGACUUCUUGUACAACAGGAAGACAAACUGCAAUGUGUGGGAAGGGCAUGUUCUCAAAAUACUCUCCCUUCUUUAUUACAGAUUAUUAGAAGCCAAUCAUCCUUUUCCCCAACAUUACCAAACUUUCACCUUGCAUCAAAUCACAUAAGUACAAUAAAAAAUUAACUCUGGCCCUGAGUGAAUAAGAAAGAACAUCGUGCAUCUCUUUA